AGGAAUAAAAGCUUUGAAGAAGAAGAAGAGGAGAGAGAAUGGCUUUAGAGAGAGAGAAAUUAGGAGAGAGAGAGAAAUUAGGAGAGAGAGAGCAAAAGAGCUCAAAAGAUGAACUUUUUCAUGUCAUUCAUAAGGUUCCACCUGGUGAUACUCCUUAUGUUAGAGCAAAAUAUGCUCAGUUGAUAGAGAAGGAUCCAGAGAGUGCAAUUUCAUUAUUUUGGGAAGCAAUAAAUGCAGGAGACAGAGUUGAAAGUGCUCUAAAAGACAUGGCUGUGGUUAUGAAGCAAAUUGAUAGAGCUGAAGAAGCCAUUCAUAUCCUCCAAACCUACAGAUUUCUCUGCUCCAAACACUCCCAACAAUCGCUCGAUAACGUUCUUAUCGAUUUGUUUAAGAAAUGUGGAAGAAUAGAAGAACAAAUUGAGAUGCUGAAGAGAAAACUAAGAAAGAUAUAUGAAGGAGAAGCUUUUAAUGGAAAGCCCACAAGAACAGCUCGUUCUCAUGGCAAGAAAUUUCAGGUUUCUGUCAAACAAGAAACCUCUAGAUUAUUGGGGAAUCUGGGGUGGGCCUACAUGCAAAAGCCCAAUUACAUGAUGGCGGAGGCAGUGUACAAAAAGGCCCAAAUUAUCGAUCCAGACGCCAACAAAGCAUGCAAUUUGGGCCUUUGUUUGAUGAAACAGGGCCGCCUCAAUGAGGCCAUUUCGGUUCUCCAACAAGUCCAGCAAGGCAGAAUUCCGGGCUCUGAUGAGAUCAAAGCCCAAAAACGGGCAGGAGAUUUGCUGACCCAAAUUAGGUCGAGACAAUCGCUGCCCGAUUCCAUCGAGCUAUUGGGCCUCAGUAUUGAUGGCGAUUUGCUUAAUGGGCUUGAGCAAUUGGUCCAUGAACGAGGCCCAUUUAGGUCCAAGAGGCUUCCGGUUUUUGAGGAAAUUUCUUCAUUUAGGGAUCAAUUAGCAUGUAAUUAAUUAAUUAAUUAACUUUUCCUUUUUUCCUUUUUAUUUAUUUAUUUUUAAUGUAGAUUGGGGUUGGUGUUGGGAUUUAGAAUAAUGUGUGUCUCGGUUUUGUAAAUAAAGAAAAACGAAGGAGCUGAAUGCAAAUUUGAAAAGGAAAUGUUUUGUGUAAAUUUAGUAUUGAUGUUGGAAUAAAUAUUUGUUUUUUUUUUUUU